AAAUAAGGGACUUUCCCUUAUUGUUUUGCUUGCAGUUCUUGGUCGGAGGAAAAAAGCACAACCCCUGAAGAACCCUAGUUUUGCCUUUUCAUCCAAAACCAUCAUGAUGGGAGGAGCCAAACGUUUCGGCUUAUCGGAUACCAACUCCGACUCCGCUGCCUUUCGGAACAAAAGAAUAAUGACAGGAUCCUCAUUUGAUGUUCAUAGAGCAGAAUCUUCUCAAGAGCAGAAUACGGCUACACCUUCAUUAGAUGAACGGCGAGCCGAGUCAUCGCGGCUGCAUGUGAGAGCUCUCAACACCCAAUUUGCAAGUUGGGUACAGACACAACUAAAAAAUCAUCCUGAUGAAAUUUGGGAAGACGGUAUUCGAGAUUACCUGGCCCAUGCUUCAAACAUCAUGGAAAAAUUCAGUGACAUUGUGAACUGGCUUAAAGUAAAUGCUGCAAAAGGAGAAACUUUGGCUGCUGCAGGAUCUCAGACUUCUACUGAGAAGAAAAAGGUGUCGGAGUCCACAAAGAAUGAGACGAACAAAUUUCAGGCGACAACCCCUUUCUCAUCAGUUGGUGCAACCACAAACUUUACAGCUCCAUGGAGUGCUGGAGUAUUCUCGAACAGCCAGAGCUCUACAGGAGUAUUCUCCAACAACCAUAGCUCCACAGGAGUGUUCUCUACCAGCAAAAGUUCUACAGGAGUAUCUUCCAAUGGCCAAAGCUAUUCAGGAUUAUAUAACAACCAAAGCUCUCCAGUCUUCUCCGCUAAUCAGAGCUCCAGCAUAUUUUCCAGUAGUCAGAGCUCCGGCAUGUUCUCCAAUAGCCAAAGCUCCAGCAUGUUUUCCAAUAGCCAAAGCCCCGGGCAAUUCUCAAAUAGUCAAAGCUCUAAAGUUUCUUCCGAUAGUCAAAGCCCUGGGUUAUUUUCUAGUAGUCAAAGUUCGGCAUUAUUUUCCAAUAGUCAAAGCCCGGGAUUAUUUUCCAACAAUCAAAGUUUUGGGGGAUUCUCCAACACUCCCAGUUUUGGGUUAUUCUCCAACAAUCAAAGUUCUGGGGCAUUGUCCAACAGUCAACCCCCUCCCUUGUUUGGAAGUCAGAGUUCAGUUCCUCAAAACCGUGAUGGUUCUGAUGAAGCAGAUGCUGAUAAUGAUGUGGAGGAACCUAGCAGCCCAUCUGUGAAAAAGUCUGAAGAAAAGGGUGUUGUUGUAGUCCACGAAGUCAAGUGCAAACUUUAUGUGAAGUCAAGUGAUCCAGCGGAUAGUUGGAAAGAUAAAGGGACAGGGCAGCUAACGAUAAGAUGCAAAGAGGGUGUCAGCAAGGGUACAAAAGAAUCAAAACCAACAGUCAUUGUUCGGAAUGAUGUGGGAAAGCUGCUGCUUAACGCGUUGUUAUAUUCAGGCAUCAAGACUAAUCCGCAGAAGAAUUCCCUCGUUGCAAUAUUUCAUACUGCGGGCGAUGGUGAUGGAAAUGAAGGUAGUAAUCAAGAUAGUGUUGUGGCACAAACCUUCUUAAUAAGGAUGAAGACAGAGGAGGAUAGAAAUAAACUGGCCACAGCAAUCCAAGAAUAUGCUCCUGCAUCUGAAAGCGAGUAAAAACAUGAACCUGUUAUUUGCUGUAAUCAUCCACAGCUACAACAAUGUAAUGGUGUAUUACUAGAAAGGAUCAUUUUUGUUCUCUAUAUUCUGCAAGGGCUGCUUCGUUAGCUGGCCCUUUUUUGAGGCUCCAAUCGAGCAGAGGGUCACUUUGAUAGUUCAAAUAAAUUGUAGUGUGUUUAAGAGGCAGUCUCGUACCAUAACGUGAAUGAUAGUGCUUAUGUGUUGCCGAAAAUUUGUAACUUGUUAUCUUUAUGCAAUCGACCUAUCAAUUGUUGGAUGAUUACAGUUAUUAAUGCACCACCUUUACCCUUUCUACGCUUA